GCAAAGUGCGGCCCACUGAAUCCCCAGAGCUUCCCUAAUUUAUACGCAGGUAGCUCUGUGUCCCUGGGGUUUAUUUGUUUGUUCACUGGAUUGUGUUCUGUUCAAUGGAGAAAUUGAGAAGACUGGUGAACCAAAUAGCCUACACUCCAAUCUCCGAAAGACACUCCAAUCUCUCUCAUCUCCAACUCUCUCUCAUCCCUCUCCUCUCCUUCUCUUCCUUUCUCUACAAACUCGCUCUCUUCCUCCGCUACCGCCUCUACCACUUGGGUCUCCUCCGCCAACACCGGUUACAGGUGCCGGUGAUUAGUGUUGGGAAUUUGACUUGGGGAGGAAAUGGGAAGACGCCGAUGGUUGAGUUCAUCGCUCGCUGGUUGGCUGAUUCUAGAAUUUCACCUCUCAUUCUUACAAGAGGAUAUGCUGGCGGGGAUGAAGCUAAAAUGCUUCAGAGGCAUCUUUUGGGCACAUCUGCAAAGAUUGGUGUGGGUGCAAAUCGAGCUGCCACUGCUGCUUCAUUUCUCAAAAGGUAUGGUUAUGCAGAUCCUCAUAUUAUUGGUUCAUGCUUGAAGCGAUGUGGUUCUGACCAGAAAGCAGGAAGUCUUUCAGAGUUGGACAAACUAGGGGCUGCAAUUCUAGAUGACGGAAUGCAGCAUUUGAGCUUGUUUCGCGAUCUGGAGAUUGUAAUGGUAAAUGGGAUGAUUCCAUGGGGAAACCAGAAGUUACUUCCACUUGGACCAUUAAGAGAACCUUUGAAUGCACUCUGCCGAGCAGAUGUUGUUGUUGUUCAUCAUGCAGACUUGGCAUCAGACAAGAACCUACAUGCCAUCGAGUCUAUGCUACGGAAACUUAAAGAGUCUCUUCCUAUUUUCUUCUCCAGAAUGGCUCCUUCAUACUUUUUUAAAGCGGGAGACACUUCCUGUCAAUUGCCUUUGGGGACUGUGUAUAAUAUGGUUGUGCUAUGUGUUUCUGCAAUUGGUUUUGCAAAUGCCUUUGUGCAGGGAAUUGAAAAGAUAGAACCAUUGCAUGCAGAUCAAUUAGACUUCAGUGACCACCAUUUAUUUCAAAUUAAGGAUAUGGAAACGAUUAACGAUAGACUUCAAAAACUUCAGGCAAUGUUUGGUUCCAAGCCCAUUGUUAUUUUCACAGAAAAGGAUUAUGAUCGUGAGCCAGAGAUCCUCAAACAUUUAGAUCCUUUUGAUGUGUUGGUACUCUGCUCUGAAUUGCAAAUUGUACCUAAAAAGGGACAUACAGAAGAUAGCUACAAGAUUUUACUGAGACAGAUUAUGGAAUCAAAAUUAAUAGGCAUAAACAAGUGUUGAUGUUUGAUAUUUCACAAUGAGGGUACAAUUGUCCCCAAUAUGCAGUGCUGAGAGUUGGGUGACCACUGAUCAGAAAUGAAUGUCACGCACGAGUUUAAAAUGGUUAAGAAUCCAAAGAUCUGUGCCAGAGAUAUGGAAGAUGUGAAGCUCGAAACCAUCAUGAACACACUACUCUUACAGGUGCAAAUAGGCCAGCAGAUUGAACUAGUCAGGCCAAAAUGUCGUGCAUUAUGUGAGCCGAUGAGGACUUUACAGUGCAGACUUGGAGGGUUGCCUCAUAUAUGUCCUUGGUAAGAUCUCAUUGCAUAUGUUGUGGGCUGUUGAUGGUCAAUUAUGGCCACAGUAAAACAAAAAACAAUUAAAAAAAAAAACCACUUAUCUUGCAGCUUCCUGGAAAUUGAUUUGUUGUGUCUUUAUCCCUGCAUGUCUGCAUAUAAGAUGAAAUUAUUGAAGAAGUUGCUGUGUUUGUUUGUGUAUCCAUGUGUAUAAAAGGUCUUACAUUGACUUA